UUGCAGGUCAGCUGACUGCUCACAUGACAUCACUACUUCGGAGGUAAACAAUGGCUUCAUCAGUGGGUACGGGUUUACGUUACAAAGACAAAGUGACUAUCGUAACAGGCGGUUCGAAGGGGAUAGGCAAAGGAUGUGUAGAAGUGUUCGUGAAGAAUGGAUCAAAUGUUGUAUUCUGCUGCAGGGGAGAGUCUGAGGGGAGACAACUGGAGCAAGAGCUGAAUGCAGUGGGUCCCGGAGAGGCAUAUUUCGUCCCAUGUGAUGUGUCUAAGGAAGAUGACAUUAAGAACCUCAUUGACAAGACUGUAGAAAAGUAUGGUCGGAUUGACUGUCUCAUCAACAAUGCCGGAAGCCAUCCACCCCACCACACAAUAGACGAGUUCAGUGGUGACGACUUCCGGAGUCUGCUCAACCUCAAUCUUGUCAGCUACUUUCUUGCUGCAAAGUAUGCUCUGCCUUACCUGCGGAAAACAGAAGGAAAUAUCAUCAACGACUCCAGCUUGGUGGGCCAGAUCGGACAGACCGGAGCGGUCACCUACGUUGCUACAAAGGGAGGAAUCAGCGCUAUGACCAGGGCGCUAGCGGUAGAUGAAGCCAAAUACAACGUCAGAGUCAAUUCGUUUUCUCCUGGCAAUGUGUGGACCCCAAUGUGGGAGAAUGGUGCCAACAGCGAGAAGGACCCUCAGGGAUGUAUAAAGGCAGGUGAAGAUGCACAGCUUCUGGGCAGGUUUGGCACCGUCGAGGAGUGUGGCCAGGCUUGUCUGUUCCUGGCAGCAGAGGGCACCUUCUGUACCGGCAUCGAUCUCAACCUCUCUGGCGGCGCUGAGCUCAACUACGGCUUCAAGAACAUGAGAGAAAGGACUGGCAUCUUCCAAUGAGUGUGCUGCACUUCUAUAUCAUAGCUCUAGCUUCUUGUCAACGCUAUUCCACAUCAUUCCCCUGUAUGUGUCUUUCAAUUUAAAUCUUUACAUGAUUACCUUAUAUGUGCAAUCAAAACAAGUUUCAUAUGAGUAUAGUUAAUCUGCCAUGACUUGGUAUUGCAACCAUCUUCCCGAGGCAAGGGAGUUAACUGACUGUAAAAGUUCAGUUUCAACCUUUGCAGAACCGGACUGGAAUUUUUGGGCUCGAUCGUAGCACCACCAAUGGCUAUUACAAGUUAUGUCCCUUCUAUGUCCCUCCUAUUGACCAAUUAGAUUCCACAGCUGAAAACAAAAUUGCAGGGUCCAGUCAAGACGAUAUUGACUGAUAAUCAAGAUCUAUUUUAUAAUAAAAGGGGUCUAACUUCAUGAAAUGUAUAAAUGUGCAAAUCGUAUGAUCAACCAAAAUCUACACUGCAGUUUACUGAUUGGACCAUGCAUAGACUUGUAACUCCAGCCAAUAUAAAACCCCAUAAUUCCAACCUUGUUCGGUAAGGGUGGAAACUGGACUUUUAUAGUCAGGGGACUAUACACCUUGUUAUUUCUAAGCGCAAUGGCAUCUAUAAGUAUAUCAAUAUUUGUGACCAACCAUGAGAUAAGGGACCUUACGGGUGAAAAAUCACAUUUUGACUUUUCAUUAUAAUUUAAAACUACAGCAUCUUCGGAACACAAAAGUACAAUUCACAAGCUUCAAUUCAUAUUUUUACAGAGAAACAAGACAUCCCACACAUGUAUUUUCACUGAAGAAAGUUGACGUCAAAUGUCUUUAUGACGUCACAGCACAAUUGUAUCCUAGCUCCAGUAAGGUCCCUUUUCUCCUGGCGGGUCACAUUUGUGUUCUUUGUGGGUUUUCAAUUGUACAAAUCCAAUCGAAAUUUCCAAAUCGUGGUAAAGAAAUUAACUUGGCACUGAGGAGUGAAACAUUCUGACAAGCAUAUAUGUAUUUCGAAAUCGAAAGUAUGACUGGGAGUUUCAAUUGCCAAAAAUAUGGCUGCAAUAAUAUAUUGAUGUGGAUAUUUUAUACAUUCUGUUGUUUCUGAGCACCAUGGCAUCUACGCUUGUACUAUCGAGGGUAUAUUUUUUAACAGUACAUGUGCCGGUAUUAUGUUGCUAAGAUCGAAAUUUCCAAAUUCAGAUGGUAUAGAAAUAUAGCUCAAAUGUUUUAGAAAGCUGUUCUCAUUGGUCAAUGAGCUGGUACAUGUAAAGUCAAACUUCACUCUCCCGUGAAGAUUCCCGGUUAGAGAUGGUCUACAGCAACUCAUGCUUGUCGUAAGAUCGGGAUCGGGUGGUCAGGCUCGCUGACAUGUCCUAUCUCAAUUGCGUAGAUCGAUGCUCAUGAUGUCAAUCACUGGAUUGUCUGGUCCAGACUUGAGUAUUGACUGACCGGAAUAGCUUGUAUAUUGCUGAGUGCGGCUUUAAACAACAAACAUUCAAACAUACAAAUAAACUUCGCUCAUGUUUCUUCUGACCUGGUACAUGUGGUAUGACGAAAUCUGUUUUGGGUAAGAUCAUGGCUUAUAGUUGACAGGUCAUUUGUUAUAUGGUGGGUUUGAUAUGUUGUUCACUCUAGUCAGAGACCUAGUGAAGACCAAAUAUUUAUCAUGGCUGUGUGAUAGUUUAAUGUGUGUUGUCAUCAGUUAUUAGUUAUGUGUAUCAUUAAGCCUAAAUAAGGCUACAAAAAUAAUAGUCUUGGUUCUCAGGCAUCGCCCGCAUCAUCAUAUGGUCCACAGCACGUUUCCUUUUUAUUUCCAUUUCAAACGACCCUGGCAGUGAAAUGCUUACAAAAAUUACAAUACUUAAAAAAUAUUAAUUUUUUUUAUUACAUACAAGCUUGAACAACCAAAAAUAUAACAAAAAACGCCGCCCGCCUGCACUGUAUUUUCAAAAGCCAUGGCCUGAGAACCAAUUCUUUAAUUUUUUUUUAGUCUGAAGUAAGUGUUAUGCAAUUUUUAAACAUACUGGAAUAUGCUUGUCUUGUUGUUUUUGUACAGAUUCAUCAACUGCUGUAUGUCAUCUAUGCAAUAGGUUUAAAAUGUGUGAUAUAUUCAUAUGUGAUCAAAUGGUAGCUGGAUAUCAUUCACUUCAGUAUUGACUCUUGGGUGGAUAUUCUUGCCACAAAUAUACGAGCAGCUUGGCUUCCUGUGACUUCAAGCUUCUAAGUGGCGGUUGGGUAGCCUAGUGGUUAAAGUGUUCGCUAGUCAAGCUGAAGACCCCAUAGCUGUCAAGCCCUGGAUGUCUAAAUGAGUGAGAAGCACAGGUGCAGGGGCUGCAAGCCCUGCUGGGUGGACGCAGGGUGCAAAGCCCCCCCAGCGAAAACUGGUUUUGAAUGAUUUUAAGACCAUUUUAAUGGCCUUAGAGAGCAUGUAUUCUGAAAAAUAUGUUUGUCAAAAAUGAAAAGAAAAGAAUUUGGAAGUUGGAAUUGAAUUAAUCUUGUAUCGUACUUUGCAGACCCUCGAUAUUUUGCCCCUUUCGGCUUUCAAAACCCUUCAUCCUCGCUCAUGUUGUAUCUCAUGUCAAUAUAUGAUCAAAUAUGGCGCGCGCUGAUUCUGGACUGGUUAAUUAGUGUGGCUAAGUAAUUGCGCGAAAAGGGGAAAGAAUGAACCCAGUCUCGCCCUGUUGGUUGCAAUCGCGAUAAAUUGAAAGAGAAAAGUGUUUCAAAAUAUAUUUUUAUCUACAUUUUAUAUGAAUGCGUGAGAAUUUCCCAACCUUGCGUGUGAGCGUGACAUAGGUGAUAAAUGCGUGAGACUCACGCGAGAUGCGUGAGAGUUUACAGGUAUGAGACCCGGGUUAGACUCCAGACAUGGGUACAAUGUGUGAAGCCCAUUUCUGGGGUCCCCCCGCCAUGAUAUUGCUGGAAUAUUGCUAAAAGUGGCGUAAAACCAUACUCAUUCACUCACUCAGGUUUCUAUGUACGAGGCCUUUUGUCAGACUUAAUUUUGUAUUCAGGGUGCCUUGAUGCCUUCAGUGACAACUGUUUUAUCUCUUGGUUUACACAUUUUUGG